AUGGAGGAGAGGUUCUUGAAGACACGAGCGGAGCGGGAGGAGGCGCGGCAACAGAAGGCGGCCAUUUCCUCCUCUGUUGCCUUGGAUAAGCUGGAGUUUGAGCGGCAGGCCAAGGACUUUGAGCGGGACGUCGCGCAGCUUCUUAGGGACGGGGACACCCGUGCGGCGCAGGACGGCGUGAAACGCUUUCAACGGCUUGUACAGGAGGCCACCAGCAACGACGUGCUGACGUCACACGAGAUGGCGAAGUCCAACGCGACCCUCGCACGGCUUCAGGGGCUGAUUGACGCCAAACAUGACACGGCUGGCCGAGCAAAGGCGUUUAAGUUCUCCUCGCAGCCCAAAUCCAGGGGUGCGGUGGUGGAGGGGGAGCAGCAUGCGGCCUCCUUUGCCUUCACCUCCGCCUCCAACUCCUCGCUGCCCUGCCGCAGCGAGGGGCAAAGUUGCGCCGGCAACGUGUACGGGUACGCGCGGGAGCAGACGCUCUGCGUUGGCCCGGCGAAGGCCGUGUUUCUGCGUGAGUGUGAAAGGUGUGAGGUGCUGAUUCUCCCCGUCCCCGGCUCCGUGUUCAUCUCGGACUGCGCAAACUGCAAGGUGUACGUUGCAUGUCACCAGCUUCGACUAAAAAACUGCACGAACGUUGACGUCUACGUGUGGUGUGCCUCGACGCCGAUUAUUGAGUGCUGCAGCGGGAUGCGGUUUGGCCCCUACAGCUGCUGGACAGGGCUGCUGCAGUCGAGUGUGGAGGGGCACGCGUACGCCACACACGAGGAGUGGGUGGGGCGCCUUGGGGAGCUGCGGGUGGAGGCGCACACAAAAAACGCAUACCAAACCGUCGAUGACUUUCAAUGGCUUAAGAAGACGCCCAGCCCGCACUGGGGCGUCCUGCCGCAGGAAGCGUGGGAGAUGAGUUUGCAGCGGUUUCUGCAGGAGGUGGGUCCAGCUGCCACGUAA